UCAGUCACCGACACACACACCCUGGUUCUUGACAUUUUUCAAUGACAGUUUACGUUCAUCCUACUUGACUUUUUGGACAGCUGGGGUAAUUCGGCCCGAAAAUCGACGAACAUGCAAAGAGCCGCGUACAUCGCGUUACAUGAGGGGUCACAAAGGGCGCUUCCAGUCGUUGUACGGCAGAGUGCGAAAAGCAAAGCAUCCCCAUGGAGCUCACGUUGGUACAGUGUGGUCCCCCCACCACGUGACAGCGAGGAGAAGGAGAUGCUGGAUCGCAUCCUGCGUGUCGACCAUGCGGGUGAAUAUGGUGCGAGUCGAAUCUACGCCGGCCAGAUGGCAGUGCUGGGCAGGUCUAGCACUGGACCUCUCAUUCAGGAAAUGUGGGAUCAAGAGAAAAAACACCUUGAGAAAUUUAAUGAAAUACUCGCCGAGAACCGAGUGCGGCCCACAGCGCUGCUGCCUCUCUGGAACGUUGCUGGCUAUUUAUUAGGGGCAUCUACGGCAUUGUUGGGCAAAGAGGGGGCCAUGGCCUGCACAGUGGCAGUGGAGGAGAGCAUCUCUGAACAUUACAACAGCCAGAUAAGAACUCUGAUGGAAAAGGACCCAGACAGAUACACUGAACUAUUAAAGGUUAUAAAGGAAUUCCGAGAUGAUGAGAUGGAGCAUCAUGACACAGGAUUAGAACAUGACGCCGAAUCGGUGCCUGGAUACUGGCUACUUAAAAACGCCAUCCAGCUAGGGUGCAAAGCUGCCAUAUUUGUUUCCCAACGUGUCUAAAUUUAUAUACUGUAUAAAAAUAAUAAACGUGCUUGUUUUAAUACCUUGACUGACUUGGAUAAAGUUGUGUAUCCUAUGCAUUUGUGUUUUUUUUUAAGUCAGUCUAGCAUGUAAGCAAGUGGCACAAGACAUUAAGUACAUAACGUAGUGCAGCU